AUUAUUUAAUUAUUAGACCAAGGGUUUUAGUAUUUAGUAGUUUGUCUUUGAAGAAUGUUUUUGCCUCAAGUAAUUUUUCUUUUAUUGUAUUCUGCAAUUAUUGCAGUAGGUCAAAACAAUUAUGAUUAUGAAGCCGAAGUUGGUAUGAAUACUCCUCAAAUCUUUAGUCACAGAAAAAUAGCUUACAAAACUUAUCAGGUAACUACACAAGAUGGCUACAUACUCUCCUUAUUUCAAUUGCCUAGAAAAGAAAGGAGAGGAGUUGUUGUGUUGCAGCACUCUUUGAGUUUGGACUCUUCAGUGUUUUUGGUCAGCCAAAAACGAUCAAUUGCUAUGGAAAUCUACAAUUCCGGCUACGAAGUCUGGCUACCCAACUUCAGAGGCCUACCAUUAUCAGACCAGCACAUAAAGCCUGACAUUGAAAAACUCACAUACUGGGAUUUUAGUUUCCACGAAAUCGGCCUAUACGAUUUUCCAGCCAUUUUGAAACUUAUCGUCAACGUAACUGGGGAAAAAGUUAUUGUUAUUAAUCAUUCACUAAGUUCCACUGCUAGCUUGGUUUACGCUGCCGUCAAGCCUCAAGAAGCUGAGGCAAUGGUUAAGGUUUUCGUUAAUAUGGCUGCUUCAGCUUUUAUGAAUCAUACCCAGACGCCUUUUAGACAUUUCAUUGGAUUACAAUUCAAUGUUUUAAAGCCUAUUAUGGAAUCUUUGAAUAUUGGAGCAGUUGGGUACGAUUUCUUAGCUUCAUUGCAACUAUUGAAGCAAUUGGCCUUGCAAAUGCUUCCCAGACGUGCAUUUAAAUCAUUUAUUGAAUCAUUUUUGGGGUUUCUAUUUGGUAAAACCAGCAUGGGAAUAGAUGAUGAAGAAUUUCCUUUAGUUGUUUCGGUAGCAGUUCAAACUGUAUCCAAUAAGAUUACUUAUCAUUAUUGUCAACUGAUGCAAUCUGGUAGAUUUUGCAUGUACGAUUAUGGCCAACAAGAAAAUUUAAAAAGAUACAAUUCUAGUCAACCUCCAGAUUAUCCUUUAAUGAACAUUACAACCCCUAUAUUUUUGGUUAUUUCUGAUUCAGACACCAUGUCUGAUGCUUGGGGUUCAAAUUUGCUUUACAAUAACCUACCUCAAGCAGCAAAAAUAUACGGAAAAUUAAACAUCAAAAACGUCAAUCAUGCUGAUUACUUGAUAGGCAAAGACAGAUUUGUCUAUUUCAAAAGAGUUUUGAAUUUUAUAAAGACUAUUUAAUGUAAAUACAUAAAUAUAAUCGAUAAUAA